CACGACGAACUGAUAUUGUUAUUGCCCUAUUCGGUCGGUGAUAGGUGGUUGAUAGCGGACGGACGCCAGGACGCUGGGACACGUCACGGACCGCCGCCAUCGCGCACGUCCAGAAUCGCGGCGAUAUUCUGUUCACCGCGGCGGCGGCGCUAUACCGGCAGAGCCGCGGCAGCUAUCGAACGGCGUCCGAUUGUCCGCCGCCGCGCCACAGUCGCCCCAGCCAUCGAUUAAUAAUAGUAAUAAUGAUAUUGUUAUUAAUCAUUCCGAUUGAUGUUUUCCAAUAUCGUCGUCUCCCGUAGACCGAUCCGCGGUAUUAUUAUUAUUAUUAAUACAGUGCGUUAUUAACAUUAUUAUUAUUAUUAUUAUUAUUAUUAUUAUUAUUAUUAUCGUUGUGCGGGUUGCGCGGAUCACAUGGUUUAAGUUCCACGAUAACGGUUAUCAUCGUCCGUCGUGUCCAUUACGAUUGUGUCGCAGCGGUGUUGUUGUUGUUGUCCUACCGUAGCACAAAGCCCGUGUCUUGUAAUUAUUAUUGUCGUUGUCGCCGCGUCCGUCUGGCGUAAUAAUAUCUUACGUUCUGCGGUGUCUCCGGUUAUCCGUCGCGCGCCCGUACUCUACGUCGUCACGUCCGUGUUCCGGUCAUCGGCGCUGUGCGCUACGAAGUGGUCCACGUCUUGGGUGUUGCGUUCAUCAGUGGCGUCCGUCGUUGGGGCCGCCGCGGACGGCGUCGUCACCUCGACGAUCUUCGGCAGUCUACAGCAAACCGUUCUCGUUGGGGGCGGCACGUACACAACAAGUGGCCGACUUCCGGUGCGCAGACCAGAUACUCUCGCGAAACACGUGCAUGAGGUCUCAAACUGGAAAGAAGCCAUUUCCAUGUAAGAUCCAUUCAAAUUUUUCAUGGUUAAUGUCAAAUUUAAAUGUACACAUGAGUUCUCGCACGGGAGAGAAACCAUAUACAUGUGAAGUUUGCUCUAAAUCAUUUACUUUAAACCAGCAACUCAUUACUCAUAUGAGGUCUCAUACAGGAGAGAAGCCUUUUUCAUGUGAGGUUUGUUUAAAACCUUUCUCUACAAAUGGCAAUUUAAAAAUACACAUGAGGUCUCACACAGGAGAGAAACCGUUCUCAUGUGAUGUCUGCUUAAAAACGUUUACGCUAAAUCAGCAACUAAUUACUCACAAAAGGUCUCACACUGGAGAGAAGCCAUUUUCCUGUGAGGUCUGUCUAAAAUGCUUUUCUACAAAUGGCAAUUUGAAAGUUCAUAUGAGAUCCCACACAGGAGAAAAACCAUUUUCAUGUGAGGUCUGUCUAAAAUCAUUUACUCUUAACCAGCAACUAAUUACUCACAUGAAGUCACACACGGGAGAGAAAUCGUUUUCAUGUGAGGUAUGUCUAAAAUCAUUUCCUGUUAACGGUUCAUUAAUCAAACACAUGAGAGUCCAUGCAGAUAAGAAGCCGUUUUCUUGUGAUCCAUGUAAAAAAUGUUUUCCCCAAAACGGUCAGCUUGUAUCACAUACAAGAAUUCAGGAAGACCCAAGAAUGCUUGAGGAUAAUGCUAAUUGUAUGAUGUCGACUUAUAAAAAGUCCUUUAAUUUAAACAGUAAUAUUUAUUAAUUGACUGUUCAAAACAAUAAAUUGUCUUAAAUAUAAGUUUUCAACAUCUAAUAAAAAUAA